AUGGCUCUCCAUGUACCCGGUCUGAUCAUGAUGGUGGUCUUCUACUUGGUGGUGUUGGGAAUCGGCAUCUGGGCGUCUUUGAAAUCAAAGAAGAUGGAGAAAAGUACUGUGGGUGGGCAGAUAGAGGUUUCUUUUUUGGCGAAUAGGAGGGUCAGCCCAGCUGUGGGAGUCUUUACGAUGACCGGUGAGUUUUAGUCUGGCUGAUAUGAACUUCUGGUAUUUCAAUUUUUCUCUAGUUUAUAUUGUUAUUCAAGGGAAUUGUCCCAUUAAUAAUCUAUAAUUAACAAACAGAUGGUUAUUUCGUGCUGAAUGUGUGUCUUUUUCUCGCUGCAGCCACAUGGGUCGGCGGCGCUUUCAUUAUCGGGGUUGCAGAGACGGUUUAUGAUCCAACCAAAGGACUUGUCUGGGCUCUUAUUCCUCUGCAGAUGUCAGUUUCCUUUAUUAUUGGUAAGAUCCUCUUCAGAGUGGAAAUUAAAAACAUCAGAAGAUGUAUUUUUGAUCAUGUUAGUUACGACUUUAUCUAUGAAGUGAUCGAUGUUUACCGAAUUUUGUUGCAUAUAUACAGCGCUAAAAGUAAGAGCAACAACAUCAUAAUGAUCCAGUGUUGGGAAUUCCCCCUUUUUAAGGUGGACUCUUCUUUGCCAAGCCCAUGCGGGACAAGAACUACGUCACUAUGAUGGACCCGUUUCAGAUAAAGUACGGAAAAACACUGACGGGAUUUCUCGCCAUUAUUCCAUUCGUCAGCGAAAUGAUGUGGGUUCCUGUCACACUCAUUUCUUUGGGUAAUACAGGACGAUUUUGCACUUUAAUGAACAAUAACAGCUGCAUAUGAAGCAUCAGAUGUGUGUUUGAUGUGUUGGCGUGUCUUUUUGUCCAACAGGGGUGACGGUUAGCGUGUUUUCCGAUCUUCCUCUGAGUCUUUGUAUCUGGAUUUCUGCUGCUGUGGCAAUCACUUACACCGUCCUCGGAGGUCUCUACUCAGUGGCGUUUACUGAUAUCAUCCAGCUGUCUCUGGUGUUCUGUAGCUUGGUGAGCCUCUACUGAAAAUAAAACAUAUUUUAAUGUUUUUCUUUUUUAAACUGUGUUUUUUUUCUCUCCGUUUAGUGGCUGUGCGCUCCCUUCGUUCUUGCGAGUGGCGUUUACACUGACAUCACUCAAACUGCCUUUAACUUCACGAACCGAGGGCCGUGGCUGGGAAGAAUCGAGUCGUAUGACAUGUGGAGAUGGAUUGAUAAUUUCCUUGCAAUGGUAUCAGCAUGACCUCAGUAGUCAAUGAAGCUAGAGCAGCUAACCUGGAAUAGAACAGAACAUAUGCAUCUUCAAGUCUAAAAAAUCAAAGGCUGGUUGGUGGUGUCCCAAAAAUGGCUAAUCUUGUUUUCCCAGAGUGUCGGAAAUUUGGCGUUCCAGGAUUUCCACCAAAGGACCCUCUCCUCCAGCUCCACAUCCACUGCCAAAAUGAUCUGCUUCAUAGCAGCAGGUGUGGUCCUUGUUCUCGGUAUCCCACCCGUCCUGAUUGGAGCGGUUGCGGCCUCAACAGGUGAAUUGGACAAAUUAACCUGUCCAACACCCGAACCUUGUUUUUUGAGCCAACACAUCAUCUUCCUCCUGUGUUUCAGACUGGAAUUCGACCUCAUACGGUUCCCCUUCCCCCUACGAUCGAGGCGAGGCCGCCAUGGUUUUGCCCAUCAUCCUUUUACAUCUGACCCCGACUGCUGUUUUUGUCGUUGGCAUGGGAGCGAUCGCUGGCGCUGCAAUGUCUUCAACAGACUCCUGUUUGUUGGCAGCGACCUCCAUCUUCACCACCAACAUCUACAAGCUCAUCAGGCAUCAGGUGCAAAAGGACAUCUAUCAAGGAACCUGUCUGCCAGAGGAUGAAAACUGUUAAGUUUGAGAGUGACCGCUCUAAAGUAUUAGUUUGACAUUUUGCGUAAUUACCUCGGAAGCUAAAGCGCAGAAAAAUGCUGAUAAAUGUAAGAGUUGUUGUACAAAAGAGAAUUCAGCAUCUAUUUUGCUUCCACAACAUCUCUAGGAUAAACAAAGUGAAGAUUACAAGUUGCUGGACAUCACCACUGAAAACGCAAAUUCUGGGCUAAGAGCGGUAACUUUAGCUGCAAACACAACACUAGCAACUAAUAUGCUCACGAACAAAUUCAGAGAAUUGGCCUGCCCCUGUGCAUUACGCUGCGUAAAGUUUAAAUUUUGCGUAAUAAAAGAUGUUUCUAUUUACAAAUCUUGGAUCAGCUUUUCUCAUUUACUUCUUGUUUCUGCGUGAAGCUAAGCUAACAAGCUGCAGCUACCAUUUACCUCACAGUUACAAUAUUACAUAGAUUUGAAAAUACGAAAACUUUGUUAAAACUAAUCGCCCACUUCUCUCCAGGCAUCAGACAGAGAGCUGCAGUGGGUGAUCCGCUCCUCCAUCGUGCUUGUUGGGAUUGUGGGAACUUCCCUCACCUACCUGGACAGCAGCAUCUUGGCCUUCUGGAUCCUCAGCUCAGACCUGACUUACACCAUCAUGCUCCCCCAGCUCAUCUGCAUCCUUUUCAUCAGGGUCUCCAACCCUUAUGGUGCUGUCAUCGGCUACAUCAUCGCGUUUGUCCUUAGAGUUUUGUGCGGAGAGCCCCUGUUCAAUCUCCCUCCCAUACUACAUUUCCCAGGAUGCACUUUGGAGGACGGCGUUUACAUUCAGCGAUCACCUUUUAAGACUAUCUGCAUGCUGGUUUCUCUUGUCUCCAUUGUGGGGUUUUCGUUUUUGGCUUCGAUCCUGUUUGAAAAGGAGAUCCUUUCUGAGAGGUGGGACGUAUUUAAGGUGAAAUCACAGGGGGCGCCUGCAGAGGGCGCCAGAGAGUGUGACGAGGAAAUGGCUAAAAACGAAAAUGAACCAAUGCUUGAUCUGCAUUGUUAA